AUGUCCAGCCCGUACCAAAGUGUACACGAUUUAACAAACGCAUCGGUGAAGAAGUUGGUUCGAUACCUUUAUCUCCCGGUGGAGCACAGCAUUGCGAAACCCCCAAAAAGUUGGCUGAGGGAGCAAGAGGAGACGAUGAAACAACUGCCCGCGGCUUGUCUCCGUCCACGCAGCAAGACCAACGUAGUCAGCGUUGUUACUCGCGGUUUGAUGAAGAUCAGCGAGAAGUAUAACCCUUCGUUCACACCGCCGGCCGCAGUCCUUUGCUCAAGCCAUCGCGGCCUGAAUCCUUGGACAAUUCACGCCCUUUUUGCACUGGUUCUGAAAGAGAUCACAGUGGAAACGGCCAGCUUGCGACAUGAUCGACAACGCGACAGAGGUCCGGAAUUUACACCCUUGAUACAAGAAUUCGUUCGUCGUCUGGAUGGUAUCCAGGCCUUGUGGAUGGACACGUACAACUUUGAACUCCUCUAUGGUCGCCAGCCGAAAGUGCUAAGCCAUGUAAAUUCACAUUGUGAGGCGUGCAUCUUGUCAGCACUCGGAUCUCGUCCCUCUUUCCUUGGCGACCUUCGUGCUAAUCUCAUUGCCCGGACGAAGAGAACGUCGCCAUGCCUGCAAAGGAUCGUGGACGCGUGGAUUAACGAGUUCCCUGAGGCUGCACAAAGAGAAGUCUUUAAAAGAAGCGCAAACUUAGCCGAGGAAAUUCGGGCUAUGCUCAAAGAUGUCAAGGCAGCGCGACAACAGAGACGCGAAGCAAAAGUGCACCAAAAGCAAGCCAGGGGGUCAGAGAAUGCCAGCAGUGGUACCAGGAAGACAUCCGGACGCGAUACUCCGCGCUCAAUUCCGGGCGAGCAAUCGACCGCGAGUGGACGACCUUCCACGACACUGAGCGAGGACCCAUUUGUUGACCCAGAUGAUGAAAACCCCGACAAUGAGAAUCGGCCGUGGCAAGAUGCGGUUGGGGACUAUUACGAACGGCUGGCCCGCCAGAACGGAAACGAGCGUGCUUUCGACCGUUCAUCCCUCCACCCGGCCUUUGGCGGCUCGGCGGCUCAACCCGAUGCCCAGUUCCGUCGAGACUUUGGCACGGGAAAAGAGGUGGAUCGGAAAGAACAAGGGGCUCUCUGGGAUGACGCUGUUGCUAAUAGUCCCGCUAGGAGUGAACAGCGUUUACGCGCAUCUGAUUUCCCCCCCUCGAUGAUUCAAGACGAUGCCCGACGGCGUGAUCGGUUCCGACACGUAGACUCCACGGACUCCGAGCCGCGCACUCCUCGACCUACCACGCCUCCCGCCGCUACCCUCCCACCGCCGUUCCGUGGGUACGGCACCGCAGCGCCGAGCAGCUCGUCGUAUACGGACGCCAGCGUGUACUCGAACAGCGAGCCGGCCCGGCCUCACCCGACGACCGAAUCGCUCGCCUCCAUCGUCACGGCCUGGCCCGACGUCACGUCUCGCUCGUCUUCCGCCCGUAGACCCCGUGGACCCCGUCCGGGCGGGCUCGUAAGUACUUCCUCCCCCUCGCCUCAGAAUGACAAUGUCGUGACACAGGACCGCCGCCGCGCCACAGAUUCGAAAUUUGCUCCCCCUCGCGGGUUCGAGAUGUCCCCCGCUGAAGCAGCAUGGUAUCUAGCCGAGGAAGAGAGGGUAGCUCGCCUAGAGGAGAUGGGACGUAUCGGCCGACCGAGUUUCAAGGAUCAUGUUGACUCUCGUGCUGCUGCGUCGGAGGCCGGAUCAGACCAAUACGAGAACGGCUUGAGAACACCGACGGCGGGCUCUACGCAAGAUGGUACUUGGGCUCCGUCGUCUCGUGAGCGACCUGUGCGAGAUAUGUCGCGUGGCGAUGACGGUGACGAUUGGCGCAGCGUCGCGACGGUGGGGGGACGGCCGCCUUUGAGUGAGGCGUCGACGAUUUAUCCGGAUGAUUCGUAUAGUUUGGCUCAUUUCCGACGGUGA